AUGCCUGCUCAAAAAAUCUCCAUUGUAUGUCUUCCCGGUGAUGGAGUUGGUCCCGAAAUUGUUGCUGAAGCUGUCAAAGUUUUGAAGGUUGUUGCCGAGCACAGAUCUCAAGCUCUCAAUGCUGAAUUCGAUUUCAAAUACGAGCUAAUCGGUCUGGAUGCCAUGGAGAAGACUGGUGAGCCUCUUCCUGACUCUUCUCUCGAUGCUUGCAAGCAAGCUGAUGCUAUUCUCUUGGGUGCCGUUGGUGGUCUUCCUGGUGCUCAGAUCGGUAGUGGUCCUCGCCCUGAACAAGGUCUCUUGAAGCUCAGAAAAGCCUUGGACUUGUAUGCUAACUUGCGUCCUGUCUCAUUCGCCUCCGAUAGCCUCACUGGCCUCUCUCCUUUGAAGGAUCAUGUUGUUCAAGGUACUGACUUCGUCUUUGUUCGUGAAUUAGUCGGUGGCAUCUACUUUGGUGAUCGUCAAGAAGCUGGUGAAGAUGGCAAAGCUUAUGAUACACUCCCUUAUUCCAGAGAAGAAGUUCAACGUGUCACUAGAUUAGCAGCUCUCUUGGCUCAAAAGCAAACUCCUCCUGGUAAGAUUCACUCUGUCGAUAAGGCUAAUGUCUUGGCCACCUCUCGUCUCUGGCGCAAGACUGUUACUGAAACUAUGGAUAAGGAGUUCCCUGAAUUACAAUACGACCAUCAACUCGUUGAUUCAUGCGCCAUGGCUAUGGUGCAACGUCCUACCAGCCUCAAUGGCGUCGUCUUGACCGAAAACAUGUUUGGUGAUAUUCUCUCAGAUGAGGCCUCUGUUAUCGUCGGCUCUCUCGGUUUGUUGCCAUCAGCUUCUCUCAGUGGUCUUCCUGAUGGUAAGGGUAAAUGUCUCGGUGUUUAUGAACCUAUUCACGGUUCUGCUCCUGAUAUUGCUGGCCAAGGUAUUGCCAACCCUAUUGCUACUAUCCUCAGUGCUGCCAUGUUGCUUAGAUACUCUCUCGGUUUUGAGACUGAAGCCCGUGCUGUUGAAGAAGCUGUUCGUAAGGUCUUAGAUUCUGGAUUCCAUACCCGCGAUCUCCACGGUGACAAAUCAACAGUGCAAGUUGGUGAUAAGGUCUCUGAGGAGUUGGCUACUUUGCUGAAGCAAAUCAACUAA